CUUCCCCAGCUAUAUUGGGAGUCUCAACCAUCCUCUGCGGACUACUUCUCUACACUGUCAGCAAGAUGCUCGGCUUUGGAUCUCGUAACCAUUUCGUUGUGGAGGGUAGGACCGCAGUGAUCACUGGCGGCUCCGAGGGCAUGGGCAAGGCGGUCGCUUGUCAGCUUGCCGAAAUGGGCGCCAAUGUUGUGAUUGUGGCGCGAACUGAAUCCAAGCUUCAAGCUGCGAUUGAGACCAUGAAGCGGGUGGCGGACAAUGUUGACCGGCAGCGGUUCCACUACAUCAGUGCAGACUUGACCGAUCCUGCUGAGUGUCAGCGUAUCAUGACUGAGGUCACUGAGUGGAACGAUGGACAAGAGCCUGAUAUCGUCUGGUGCUGUGCAGGAUACUGCCAUCCAGGGUUCUUCACCGAGACAUCCAUCCAGUCGCUGCGGGAUCAGAUGGAUACCGUAUACUGGACUGCUGCCAACACAGCCCAUGCAAUUCUGAAGCGAUGGCUCACGCCCAUCAGCCCCAGUCGGCAGGCACCCAUCCCCACGCGACACCUCAUCUUCACCUGCUCCACGCUCGCCUUCGUGCCUAUUGCGGGCUACGCUCCCUAUUCCCCAGCCAAGGCUGCUAUUCGAUCUUUGUCCGACACUCUCAGCCAGGAGAUUGAAGUCUACAAUGGCUCUCGUACGUCGAAGGCACGCUGCGAGGCUCCGGCUGCAGAUGUCAAGAUCCAUACAGUCUUCCCAAUGGGAAUCCUGAGCCCGGGCUUCGACAAUGAGCAAAGACUCAAACCGGCGUUGACCAAGCAGCUAGAGGAAGCCGACAAGCCGCAGUCUCCUCAAGAGGUUGCAAGCAUUGCGAUUAGUGCCCUUGAGCGCGAUGAAUACUUGAUUACUACGAUGUUCGUCGGUGACAUGAUGAAAGCAUCCGCUCUGGGGCCUAGUCCCCGAAACUCCAUCAUCAAAGACACUUUGACUAGUUGGCUUAGUAACUUGGUCUUCCCUGGUGUGAUCUUUGACCUCCGAAGGAAGGCCUGGAAGUGGGGUGUGAAACACGGUCUUCCAACCAAUCCGGAUGGCAAUUGAUGAUCUUGUGCUGUCAUGUUUCGAGUUCUUGUUGCCUGGUCCAUGUCCUAGAUACCCAAGGUUGCCUCCU